AUGGCGUUUCCGACACAGCCAGCAGCCCUUCUCCUGGGCGCAAAUGGCCCAAUCCACGCAGUCGCGUACUCAGCGUCGCCUGGAACCUACAUCCUCACCGGGUCGUCAGACAGGACCAUCCGCCUGUACAACCCCUUCCCCAGCACCACCAUCCCCUCCGUCCACCCUCCUCCCAAGCCCGACGUCCCCCACGGGCGCCUGAUCCAGUCCUACCAGGCCCACGGGUACGAGGUCCUCAGCCUCGACGUCGCCGCCGACAACGAGCGCUUCGUCAGCUCGGGGGGCGACCGCGCCGUCUUCCUCUGGGACGUGGCCACGGCCAAGACGACCCGGCGCUUCGGCGGGUCGAGCCCGGGGGGCCACUCCUCGCGGGUCAACUGCGUCAGGAUGGCGGGCGAGGGCGGCUCGCUCGUCGCCAGCGGCGGCUUCGACACGACGGUGCGGCUGUGGGACGCGAGGAGCACAAACCCCAAGCCCGUGCAGGUGCUCGAGGAGGCGCGCGACGCCGUGACGUGCCUGGCCGUGCGGGGGCCCGAGGUCGUCGCGGGCAGCGUGGACGGCAGGGUGAGGAGCUACGACGUGCGGAUGGGGAGGUGUACCACGGACGUGCUGGGGGCUAGCGUCACGAGCCUGGAUCUGACGAGGGAUGGGAGAGCGAUGCUCACGGGGACGCUGGACAGUAAGCUGAGGUUGAUGGAUCGUGACUCUGGGGAGUGCCUUCGGGCUUACUCGGACCCGAGGUUUAAGAACACCGACUUGAGGGUGCAGUCGAUAUUGGGGGGUGGUGAGAAGUACGUUCUUGCGGGCGAUGAAUCGCCCCCAGAUGGUGAGGGAAGGAUUUGGGCGUGGGACCUGCUCAACGGCCGUCUGGUCGCCGAGGUGAGGGUGCCGUGGGGGCCGGGCGGGCCAGACCAGCGGAAAAAGGUGGUGGGGAGAGAUGGGAAAGAGAAGGUCAGAAGCAAUGUCGUGAGCUGCAUGGCUUGGAGGAAUAAUGGAUGGGGGGAUCAAUUCUGUGUUGGAGGCACUUCGGGUGUGGUUACAGUUUUUGGAGCGCUAUGA